UCUACCAUUACCUACUUGUAUAUUACCUCAACCAAAUCUCAAACCAACCCAGAGAGGCAAAGAAACCAAACACCGACCUUCCCUUGCUUUUGAUUUCCCAUACUCACCUUUCAAUUCUUUCUCUAUCUCUCCCAAACAAUGGAGGCCAAUCAAGAGCAACAGGAAUUCAUUUUUCGGUCCAGGCUCCCUGAUGUUUACAUCCCAAAUCACCUCCCUUUGCAGACAUACUGCUUUGAAAAAAUUUCUCAAUUUAAAGAUCAUCCUUGCUUGAUUAAUGGUCCUAAUGGGCGGAUAUACAGCUAUGCCGAAGUUGAGCUCACUGCUCGCAGAGUGGCUACCGGACUCAACAAUUUAGGCAUCCAACAGGGAGAUGUUAUCAUGCUUUUGCUUCAGAACUCACCGGAGUUUGUCUUUGCUUUCCUGGGUGCAUCAUUCCUUGGGGCAAUCAGCACUACCGCUAACCCCUUUUACACCCCAGCCGAGAUUGUGAAACAAGCCACGGCCUCAAAGACUAGGCUGCUCAUAACUCAAGCAGUAUAUGCAGAGAAAGUGAAGAAUUUCGCUAAAGAAAACGAUAUCAAGAUCAUAACAAUUGAUACACCACCGGAGGGUUGUAUGCACUUCUCAGAGUUGACUCAGGCUGACGAGAGUGAAAUCCCACCCGUUAAAAUCAACCCUGACGACGUUGUGGCCCUGCCAUACUCUUCUGGAACAACAGGGUUACCGAAAGGAGUGAUGUUGACUCAUAAAAGUCUUGUAACAAGCGUGGCCCAACAAGUGGAUGGAGAGAAUCCCAACCUUUAUUUCCAUGAGAAAGAUGUGAUUCUCUGCGUGCUGCCACUGUUCCACAUAUAUUCACUCAAUUCUGUGUUACUUUGCUCUUUGAGGGUGGGGGCCGCAAUUCUGAUUAUGCAGAAGUUUGAGAUUGUAACAUUGAUGGAACUUGUGCAGAAAUACAAGGUAACCAUCGCUCCCUUGGUGCCACCGAUCGUUUUGGCCAUCGCCAAGACUCCGGACGUUGAUAAGUAUGACCUUUCAUCUAUUCGGACGGUCAUGUCUGGCGCUGCACCAAUGGGAAAGGAGCUAGAGGAUGCUGUCAGAGCCAGGCUUCCUAAUGCAAAACUUGGACAAGGUUAUGGGAUGACAGAGGCAGGGCCAGUGCUAGCAAUGAACUUAGCUUUUGCAAAACAAGCCUGUGAGACCAAAUCCGGCUCCUGUGGCACGGUCGUGAGGAACGCAGAAAUGAAAAUUGUCAACCCUGACACUGGUGCUUCGCUUCCACGAAAUCAGUCCGGGGAAAUUUGCAUUCGUGGUAGCCAGAUCAUGAAAGGUUAUCUUAAUGAUCCGGAGGCCACGCAAAGAACUAUAGACAAAGAUGGAUGGUUGCACACCGGGGACGUUGGCUACAUUGAUGACGAUGAUGAGCUUUUCAUUGUUGAUCGAUUGAAGGAAUUGAUUAAGUACAAAGGGUUUCAAGUGGCACCUGCCGAGCUCGAAGCAAUGUUGAUUGGCCAUCCCAACAUCUUUGAUGCUGCUGUUGUACCCAUGAAAGAUGAGGCUGCUGGAGAGGUUCCAGUUGCAUUCGUUGUGAGAUCCAAUGGUUCCAAGAUCACUGAAGAUGAAAUUAAGCAAUUCAUCUCAAAGCAGGUUGUGUUUUACAAGAGACUUGGCCAGGUUUUCUUCACGGAAGCAAUCCCUAAAGCUCCCUCCGGGAAGAUUUUGCGGAAAGAUCUACGAGCAAGGCUUGCUUCAGAUAUUCCCAAGUAAGCCCAAAUGGAACAGAUUGCAGCAUUCCAUCAAGAAAAAGCUAUCAACAGAUGUAGAUAUGGAAGCAAAGGCCUAAUAAUAUUAUGCUGGUGAUUUUUAAUGCCAAGGGAUUGAAUUUGUUACUUUGGAUAACCAAGAAUUUAGCAACAAAGAAAAUUGUUAGUAUCCUAUCGGGGCUUUGUUUGAAAUUGUUAUUUUGUUCAUGUAUAUGGUUUUAUGGACAAACUCAAACAAGUUGUAGAACAUAUGUUUACAGUUUGACGGAGUAGAAACUCCCAACAUUUGUCUGGUCUGUAUCUCUUAACUUCUUUUUUCCCAUUUCUAUUAUUGAAUUGAUUUUUCUGUC